GAUACCCUCUGCAGCCGCUUCUCAGGACCUCUGGUUCUGAAUACUGAGAACCACACAAAAUGGACCAUCUUAUCUUAUAAAAGUCCUUAAGAAAUUACAGUCCUGAGUCUGGAUAUUUAUAAUGUGAUUUCCCCUCAGAGAAUUCUCCUGGAUGACCCAUCAACCAAGGAGAGAGACAGGAACAAGAUGGCCGACAGGAUCAUAAACCUCACCCUACAGAUACUCUUCCGGCUUACUGGAGAGGAUUACACAGUAGUGAAGAAGUCCUCUAGUGGGCGCUGUCGGGCCCCUGUGUGUGAAGGAUGGGGAAGAACCCUGAGCCCAAUCCCGGGGCCCCCACCUCACUCCCUGAUACAUAAGGAAAUGGAUGAACAGAAGAUCCGAGAACUCAUCAACAAGAUGGUGGAGCUGCUGACUGGAGAGGUUCCUAUAAGGUGUCAGGACGUGGCGGUCUAUUUCUCCAUGGAGGAGUGGGAGUAUGUAGAAGGAAACAAGGAUCAGUACAAGGAUCAGGUCAUGAUGGAGGAUCAGCAGCCCCUCACAUCACCAGUCAGAUCCAGUAAGAGAACAGCACCAGAGAGGUGUCCCCGUCCUCUUCCUUCACAGGAGGAUCAGGUAGAUAGAGAUAUUCCCUAUGAUCUGUAGAAGGGCUGUGAAGCUCUUGUGGUCAGUCCCCUCACCCAGUUUGUGACAGUGGGACAAAAAUCUCUCCCCAUCAUUCCCACCAGAGUGACUGAGUCCUUCAUCAGAUGUCAUCUGGUGUUGUCUGCUCGAGGAUCUGAUUGUGUGGCCUGUGACUGGCAGACUUCACUAGCUGCUCCUGAACACUGCCUGCGGUAUAAAAGUGGUGUGAUAUGCUUUGAGAACUAAUGCAGUAGACAGGUACACUACCUAAUGCAGUAGACAGACAGCUUUUGGAGCCAGUAUGACUUUCAGCUCAGGUAUUGGCAGCUAAUUAGAGACACCUGUCAUGUGCUCAGGCCUUUCAAAGAAGCAAUAAGGUUUGUUAGCAAGGACAACAGUGGAAUUGUGAUGUUGGGCAGGGAACAGUGCACUCCUGCUCUCCAGAUCCACUGUCCCUGCCUACUUGUGUAAUCGCUUCUUCCAGAUUGCGUCCUAUAUGUCUUUUAAACUU